GAGUAUUAUUCUUUUCUUCACAACAAGGAGCCAAAAAGGUAUAAAUUCGAGAAUAUGAAUAUGAGAGAAAGGGCGGCAACCAACACCUUUUGUACCAGAGAGUAAGCAUUUGCUGAAGCGAGCAAGGGAUCUUCAAUGGCUUCCGGUAGUGAAACUCCCUUGGUUUGUCGUGGACUUCUUUGGAACUUCCUAGAAAAGAAUGGCUUUUCUAGAGGUGAAGCAGAGACUUCUGAGCGAGAUUGAAUCUCUAGGAUUCCCGAGGGAUCGAGUUGUCCGAGCACUUCAUAGUACCGGCAAUGUCAGCUUUGAAGCUGCAAUUAAUUGGCUUCUUGAUCAUGAGAAUGACCCAGAUAUAGAUGAAAUGCCCCCGGUAGCAGUAGACAUUGAUAUUGAAUCUCCUGAACCAUUUCAUAUCACAGAGGAAAUGAGAAGAAAAGCUAAGGAACUAAGGGAUCAAAUAGAGAAAGGAAAGGAAAUAGAAGAAAAGAAGUUAGAAAGAAAAAGGGAGAAGGAUAGAAUCCGUGCCAGUAAAGAACUACAAGAAGCAAAAAGAAUUGCAGAAGAAAUUGAAAGGAAACGUAAUAUAGAUUCUAAGCAAGCUGAGAAAGAGGAGGAGAAAAGAGCAAGGGAAAGAGUUUUACAAAAACUUGAACAAGAUAAGAUUGAAAGAAAGAGGAAUCGUGGAAUGCCCUCUGAAGGGUCUGAAAGCCUUGCUACAAAAGCUACUACAACCGGAGCAGGGGAAAAGGAUGAACUUAAAUCAAAGAAUUCUCUGCCAGCAACUUCAGUUAGUAAAGCAGUCUCUAUGAGAGAAUGCUUAAGGUCUCUUAGGCACCAUCAUAAGGAUGAUUCUGACAAAGUAAGAAUUGCCUACCAAACCCUCUUCAUCUAUGUCAGAAAUGUAGCCAAAAAUCCUGAUGAGGAAAGGUUUAGGAAGAUUCGACUCAGUAAUUCUUUGUUCCAGGAGAGAGUUGGGAGUUUGAAAGGAGGGAUUGAGUUUCUCGAGCUUUGCGGCUUUCAGAGAGGAGGAGACUUUCUGUAUCUUCCCCGUGAUAAAGUCGACCCGGAGGCUUUAAUCACUGCUGGAUCGCUGUUGAAAUCUGCAUUGACAAAUCCCUUUUUUGGUGUUCUAUAAUUAUCAAUUUGAGCUUAACACUAGGUAAAGCCAGUUUAUUGAAUUCGUCUAAAGCCAACGAGAGAAGACGCAUAACCUUCUUGCUUUGGGAUUUGAAUUUGUACUUCAGAAUAUAAUGGAAUUACUAUCAUAUAAUGAUUGUAUAAUAACAGAUUAUAAUUUUAAUACAUAAAAUGAAACAUUUUGGUUGAA